AUUUGCCUGUUUAUCAGUAUGAAAGAAAUACAACCUUUUUAGCGGCUUCAAAAACCCCUUUUUUAACUGGGACUACAAAACGUUCAUUUCAGUUCUACAAAUGACCUGUGGGGGGCAGCAGUGUCACGUUAUAUAUAGUCAAUAGAAGAAGAAAACCCGUCGUCCACUUCAACCAUGGAAACUUGCAGUAACAAGAACGGGCUGAAGGAGGCGGUACGUACUCGGUACGCCUCUAGACUGACGAACAGAAGAAAACUAAGGACUUCAAUCAUGGCGCCCACCGAGAAACGCAACGUGAAGCCUGGAAAUCCCACAGAACCACCCGUAAAAACAGCUAAACUAGACUUAAACUGCAAAGUCGUGGGCAUACUUCAGAGCAAGAAAAACGCCAAUGACGUUUUCGACAUAUUUGAACUUCUCCAGUCAGAAAAGGAGAAAGAUGUUGUCGGGGCUGUCGAUGCGUGCAGCGAUUUGUUUUGUACACUGUUGGAGAGGAAAAAACUAUACAAGGGCAAACUGCCAGACGAAGAGGAGGCCCUGAGCGGUCCAUACAGUGCAGAAGACAAAUAUCACAUUUUCAUGAGACACCGUUACAACGACUGCAUGGAAAUGCUGCUUGAACACCUUGGCCAUGAGCUUCAUGAGGUCCAGGAAGCAUCCCUGUGCUGCUUAAUGAAGUUUGCAGCGGGACAAGGACGGCAUCCUCUGCAGGACUUGGACUGGAGUGAGCAUUAUAGUUUCCCCAGGGAACUCCUGCAGGCGGUGGUGGAUGGACUCCUUUCCCGAACCACGGACAAGUCUCUGUUGAUCUCCAGGUUCCAGGAGUUCCUGGUGAAGGAGGAUGUACGCUAUUAUGUCAUGAGCUCCAUCCGGGAGAACAUUGGCAAAAGCAAAGGGGAAGCGAUGCCUGUGUAUCAGAACAACGUGUGCACCCUCAUGUGCAACAUCAGCAUGCCAAUGGAGGAGGCGGAGCUCUCCAACUUCAUGGUCAAACAGGAAGCUAAACACGAAGACUGGAAAGCUGCCAAGCUAAUUGAACACAAGAGAACCUUCGAGAGGAUGUGGCUUGGUUUCCUCAAGUUUAAGUUGCCGAGGAGUAUGUACAAAAAGAUCCUGGUCAUCCUCCACGACUCCAUUUUGCCCCACAUGAGCACACCUACACUCAUGAUUGACUUCUUAACCGCGGCAUACGAUGUUGGUGGCGCCAUCAGCCUGUUGGCCCUGAAUGGACUUUUUGUCCUCAUACAUCAACACAACCUAGAUUAUCCGGACUUCUACAAGAAACUGUAUAAUCUGCUGGACCCGUCCGUCUUCCACGUGAAGUACAGAGCGCGCUUUUUCCACUUAGCCAAUAUCUUCCUGAGUUCCAGUCACCUGCCGCUGUACCUCGUGGCCGCCUUUGCCAAACGUCUGGCCCGCUUGGCCCUCACAGCCCCACCCACCGCGCUCCUCAUCGUGUUGCCCUUCAUCUACAACCUCAUCCGCCGCCACCCGUCAUGCCGGGUCCUCAUUCACAAGCCGAGCUCAGGCGAAGAGCCUUUGAAAGACCCUUACCUUAUGGAUGAAGAAGACCCUGCUCACUGUUGUGCCUCCGAGAGCAGCCUGUGGGAAAUUAAGACGCUGCAGAGGCAUUACCAUCCAGAUGUGGCCAAAACCGCCAUGUUGAUCAACAAGCCGCUGUCAGAGCAGGAGGAUGACAUCAGUGAGCUGUUGGAGACGACGACACAUGAGCUGAUGGAGAGAGACUUGAAGCAGAAGUCCACCAAGAGCGUGCCGCUGGAGUUUGAAACUGCCACGCGGCUGCUGCUGAAAGCGGGCAAGGAUGUGAUGGGGCAGCACUUCUGUCUGGAGUGACAACGUGUCGCAUCAGUCCAACAUGUGGGGGUCCUACCGCCGCAACACCGGGUGAACUUGAGUCCAGAAGGACCCAAAGCUUUGUCUGUAGACUUAUUGAUGCGUUCGAUAUCAGUAAAACUUUCCUUUUUUUGUACACAAAUGUGAUGUUUCUAUCAUGACCUACCCCAUUAAACACAAUUGAAAGGACAAACUAUCAGCUAAAGUGUGAGAACAUGCCCACAAACAAACACAAGUCAUGAGCUGUCAAGUGUUUUCAUCAUGCUAACAAGCAUAGCAUGCCUCCCUGGGUCGCUUUCAUAGUCUCAAAUGCCCCCUCCCCCCCUCCCCAUCUUGUGUUUCUUCUUCUUGUUAAGUGUGCCAUAUGGACACACAGCGGGCGGCCUUUGGCUAGAAGAACACUGUCAUGUGGGAGAAAAUUCCGACUUCGGGUAUCAAAAAGAGCAAGUCAUCGGGGCGACGCUUUCCAAAAACUCUGCUGAGGCACACAUUCAGUCCUCAUGUGCUGGUAGAGCAGCACGGCAACGUGUUUACUUUUUAAAAUAAUAAACGUUGGUUUUGUACAAGCAAGAUGGCCGUGCCAGUAUGAAGAAGGUGAGGCUCCAGGACCAUCAUGAUAAGGCAGCUCCAGAAGGGUAAGCAUGCAAUUGUAUCUAUAUUCUAUACAAUAUUAGCAUUGCAAUGUGCACUGGGGUAGGGGUGUCCAAACCUUUUUCCAGAGUGUCACAUAUUGAAAAAUGGAAGGGUUC